GAAGGCGGUACGUGGAAAUCCCGUCCCUCCCCGUUUCUCAGUCAGCGUGAUCACUAACCAACGCGCUGACGUCAUAUGCGGUGCAGCCGGUGAGAGCACGUACCGUGCGCCGGGGUGACGGAGCGGUGUCUGUGGGGAGGAGCCGCCGCAUGGAGUAUUAACCGGUGGGGAAGAUGUUGGUUGACUCUGCUGUACCAGAAAGGGGCAAACCUCUUGACAUUAAUAGGGUGCUUGGAGUAUAGCAGCAGACAUGGAUGAACAAGCCCUGCUUGGACUUAACCCAAAUGCCAAUGCUGACUUCAGAGAACGAGCUUUGGCCUAUUUUGAGCAAUUAAAGGUGUCCCAUGAUGCCUGGCAGGUUUGUGCCGAAGCAAUAUCCCGGCGGAUAUACAGUGAUGAUCACGUCAAGUUCUUCUGUUUUCAAGUCCUUGAACAUCAAAUAAAAUUCAAAUAUUCAGAAUUGACUACAUUGCAGCAGCAAUUAAUAAGAGACACACUUGUCACAUGGCUUCAAUCACAGAUGCUUAAUGCGCAACCAGAGAAGACAUUUAUUCGUAAUAAAGCAGCCCAAGUAUUUGCCUUGGUCUUUGUGACAGAAUACCUCACAACGUGGCCCAAGUUCUUCUUUGAUAUUUUGUCAGUGGUGGGCCUUAAUCCAAGAGGUGUGGACCUUUACCUGAGGAUCCUAAUGGCUAUUGAUGCAGAGGUGGUGGAUCGGGAUAUAAUUCAUACUUCAGAGGGACCCAGAUAUUUUACGGAAGCCCGAAGGAACACACUGCUGAAAGAUACAAUGAGGGAACAGUGUAUUCCAAAUCUGGUAGAAUCAUGGUACCAAAUCCUUCAGACCUAUCAGCAUAGUAAUUCCGAGCUGACAUGCCAGUGCCUUGAAGUAAUUGGAGCAUUUGUCUCUUGGAUAGAUUUAAGCUUGAUUGCUAACGACAGGUUCAUCAAUAUGUUGCUAGGUCAUAUGUCAGUGGAGGUUCUCCGGGAGGAAGCAUGUGACUGCUUGUAUGAAAUUGUAAAUAAGGGAAUGGAUCCAAGUGAUAAAACCAAGUUAGUGGAGUCUUUGUGUCAAGUCUUGCAGUCUGCAGGAUUUUUCAGAAUUGAUCAGGAGGAAGAUGUGGAUUUCCUGGCCAGAUUCUCCAAGCUUGUCAAUGGAAUGGGGCAGUCACUCAUCAUUAGCUGGACUAAGCUGGUAAAAUCUGGUGAUAUGAAGAAUGCCCAGGAUACCCUGCACUCUAUCGAAUCCAAAGUGCCUCUGAUGUUACAGUUACUCGUCCAUGAAGAUGACGACAUCUCUUCCAACAUUAUUGGCUUUUGUUAUGAAUAUUUACACAUCCUAAAACAGCUUGCCUUGCUUUCGGACCAGCAGAAGACAAACAUAGAGGCGAUAAUGCUCGCUGUAAUGAAAAAGCUAACAUAUGAUGAAGAAUAUAAUUUUGAAAAUGAGGGUGAAGAUGAAGCAAUGUUUGUAGAAUAUAGGAAACAGUUGAAGUUGUUGCUGGAUCGUCUAGCUCAAGUCUCACCAGAGUUAUUGCUGGCUUCCGUUCGUAGAAUUUUUAAUAGUACACUACAGAGCUGGCAGACGGCGCCAUUUAUGGAAGUGGAAGUGGCCAUCAGACUGGUAUACAUGUUGGGCGAGGCAAUCCCGGCAUCGCAUGGUGCUCAUUUCUGUGGUGACUUUACUAAAGCAAGCGCUUUACAAGACAUGAUGAGAACGCUGGUGACAUCUGGAGUGAGUUCGUACAAUCAUACGUCUGUUUCAUUAGAAUACUUUGAAACUGUCGUUCGGUAUGAAAAGUUCUUUGCGGUUGAGCCCGUUCACAUUCCUGAUGUUCUGAUGGCAUUCUUGGAUCACCGAGGACUGCGGCAUCCUAGUCCCAAAGUUCGCAGUCGAACAUCGUACCUCUUUUCAAGAUUCGUAAAGUCUCUUCAUAAACAAAUGAAUGCAUUUGUUGAAGACAUUCUGAAUCAGAUACAAGAUCUACUUGAGUUGUCUCCACCAGAGAAUGGUUUUCAGACCUUGCUGAGCAGCGAUGACCAGCUUUUCAUAUAUGAAACGGCAGGAGUCCUGAUUGUGAAUAGUGAUUACUCAGGAGAGCGGAAAAGUAUUUUAAUGAGAAAUCUGUUGACUCCAUUAAUGCAGAAGUUUAAAAUUCUGUUAGGGAAAUUGAUGAUGGAGCAAGAUGAAGAGCGACAGUCAGUAUUGGCGGAUUGCCUUAAUCAUGCAGUGGGUUUUACAAGCCGUACAAGUAAAGCUUUCAGCAACAAACAGACUGUGAAACAGUGCGGAUGCUCUGGAGUUUACCUGGACUGCCUGCGAACAUUUCUGCCGGCUCUAAACUGCCCUGUUCAGAAAGAGCUCAUUAGAGGUGGUGUACGGACUUUUCUUCACCGCAUGAUAAUCUGCUUGGAGGAAGAAGUGCUUCCUUUCAUCCCCACUGCUUCUGAGCACAUGCUGAAAGACUGUGAGGCAAAGGAUCUGCAAGAAUUCAUUCCUUUAAUUAAUCAGAUUACUGCUAAAUUCAAGGCACAAGUGUCUCCAUUUUUACAACAAGUGUUCAUGCCUCUUCUCCAUGCAAUAUUUGAGAUUUUAGUUCGUCCAGCAGAAGAAAACGACCAGUCUGCUGCUUUAGACAAACAAAUGUUACGAAGAAGUUACUUUGUUUUCCUUCAAACCGUUACUGGCAGUGGAAUGAAUGAGAUCAUUGCUAAUCAGGGUGCUGAGAAUGUGGAACGAGUCUUGUUCACCGUUAUUCAAGGAGCUGUGGAAUAUCCAGAUCCAAUUGCACAAAAAACAUGCUUUAUUAUCCUGUCAAAACUUGUAGAAUUAUGGGGUGGAAAAGAUGGAUUAGUGGGCUUUGCCGAUUUUGUUUACAAGCACAUUGUGCCUGCAUGCUUCCUAGCACCUUUGAAACCAACCUUUGAUCUUGCAGAUGCUCAAACAGUAUUGGCUUUAUCAGAAUGUGCAGUAACAAUUAAAACUGUUUAUCUCAAAAGGGGACCUGAAUGCAUUCAGUAUCUACAACAAGAAUACCUUCCCUCUCUGCAUGUGGCACCAGAAAUUAUUCAGGAGUUUUGUCAAGCACUUCAACAACCAGAUGCUAAAGUGUUCAAGAACUACCUGAAGAUUUUCUUUCAGAGGGCAAGGCCCUGAAAACUAAACUGGAAAUCCCUCGUACCUGAUUCCAUUGCUCAGGAACUCCAGUUAUUUAUGUAGAUUAUGAGUUUUGUACAUGCCAUUUAAUAUGUUGUUCUCUGACAUACAACCGUAAAUAAUUCAUGGUCUAAUUUUUUAAAGCUGCUGACACAUCAUACCUGCUCUGUAUUCCUUAAAUGGUGGUAAAACGUGCCCUGGACAAGGGGUCCAUCUCCCACCCUUUAUUCUGCCAAUGAAUUCAAGCUUGUGCCCUGCAAAAAAAAAGCAAUGUAAAUUAUAUUUGAGUUUUUUUGUUUUUCUUUACAUUAGGAAUUUGAGGAAAAAAAACUGUAAAAUAUAUAUAUUGCCGUUCAGGUAUCCUUUUAUGU